AUGGGCAAGGAAAAGGGACACGUUAACGUCGUCGUUAUCGGCCACGUCGACUCCGGCAAGUCGACCACCACCGGCCACCUCAUCUACAAGUGCGGUGGUAUCGACAAGCGUACCAUCGAGAAGUUCGAGAAGGAGGCUGCUGAGCUCGGCAAGGGUUCGUUCAAGUACGCGUGGGUCCUCGACAAGUUGAAGGCCGAGCGCGAGCGCGGUAUCACCAUCGACAUCGCCCUCUGGAAGUUCGAGACCCCCAAGUACAUGAUCACCGUCAUCGACGCCCCGGGUCACCGCGACUUCAUCAAGAACAUGAUCACCGGUACCUCGCAGGCCGACUGCGCCAUCCUCAUCAUCGCCGCCGGCACUGGUGAGUUCGAGGCCGGUAUCUCGAAGGACGGCCAGACCCGCGAGCACGCCCUCCUCGCCUUCACCCUCGGUGUCCGCCAGCUCAUCGUCGCCAUCAACAAGAUGGACACGACCAAGUACUCGGAGGCCCGUUUCGAGGAGAUCAUCAAGGAGACGUCCAACUUCAUCAAGAAGGUCGGCUUCAACCCGAAGAACGUCCCCUUCGUCCCCAUCUCGGGAUGGCACGGCGACAACAUGAUCGAGCCGACCACCAACAUGGGCUGGUACAAGGGCUGGAAGAAGGAGACCAAGUCGGGCGAGGUUACCGGCAAGACGCUCCUUGACGCCAUCGACGCCAUCGAGCCGCCUUCGCGCCCGACCGACAAGCCGCUCCGUCUUCCCCUCCAGGACGUCUACAAGAUCGGCGGUAUCGGAACUGUGCCCGUCGGCCGUGUCGAGACCGGCACGAUCAAGGCCGGCAUGGUCGUCGUCUUCGCCCCGGCCAACGUCACCACCGAGGUCAAGUCGGUCGAGAUGCACCACGAGCAGCUCGAGGCCGGUCUCCCCGGCGACAACGUCGGCUUCAACGUCAAGAACGUCUCGGUCAAGGACAUCCGCCGCGGCAACGUCUGCGGUGACUCGAAGAACGACCCGCCCAAGGAGGCCGCGUCGUUCAAGGCCCAGGUCAUCGUCAUGAACCACCCUGGCCAGAUCGGCAACGGCUACGCGCCCGUGCUCGACUGCCACACGGCGCACAUUGCGUGCAAGUUUGACACGCUCCUCGAGAAGAUCGACCGCCGCUCGGGCAAGUCGGUCGAGGACCUCCCCAAGUUCAUCAAGUCGGGCGACGCCGCCAUCGUCAAGAUGAUCCCGUCGAAGCCGAUGUGCGUCGAGUCGUUCGCCGAGUACCCGCCUCUCGGUCGCUUCGCCGUCCGCGACAUGCGCCAGACGGUUGCCGUCGGUGUCAUCAAGGCCGUCGAGAAGACGGACGGCAAGGGUGGCAAGGUCACCAAGGCGGCCGUCAAGGCUGGUGGCAAGAAGUAA